GUCCUUGAGCGCAGGCGCAGGCCGCCGCUGGCAAGCCUUUCUGCGCAGGCGCGCUGCUCGCUUUUUUUAGAGCCUGGUGGGGGUGGCGACUACGUUGAGCGUUCCGGACAAGUCGACAGACGCUGUGCCGUCACGCACCAGGUGGUCCUUUUUACUUUACCUGCAAUCAUGGCCAUCCUUAGUUACUCCGGGAGCUAUCUGCCAAGCUAAAGACGGCCUAGGUGAGGCGGCGCCACUGCGCCUGCGCUCGUACGGCGGCCGGAACGGGCCAGAGUUGGUUCCUUCAGUGACAGCUGCGAGCCCCACCCUUGCCCCACGUGGCUUCGAAGACCGGUCAUAUAAAGGAUUUAUAUGGCUUCCAAAUUCAUCCCAUUCCAGAAGAUACACUCAGAGUGAAUAAUCCAGCUUCUGUUCCUUUCCCUUCCCUACCAGCAGACAGAGAUGACCUCCAAGCGCAUCACCCAGGAGACCUUUGAUGCAGCUGUGCAGGAGAACAUCGAGGAGUUUGAGAUGGGGCCAGAGGAAGCAGUGAAGGAGGCCAUGGAGCAGUUUGAAUCACAAGGGGUUGAUCUGAGCAACAUUGUAAAGAGUGUGCCUAAAGUCUCUGCAGAUGGACCCCAGGAGCCCACACAUGAUAUCUUACAGGCCCUGGGUGACCUGCAGAAAUCUGUGGCCUCCUCUAGCCCCGAAGAGGUGUCGACCCACCUUACCCGAUUCUGUGACCAGUGCAAACAGCACAAAGCCUGCCGCUUCCUGGCGGCCCAGAAAGGAGCCUACCCCAUUAUCCUGGCUGCCUGGAAGCUGGCUGCUGCAGGAGACCAGAACCUUCUGCUCCAGGCCCUCAACGCCCUGUCAAUGCUGACUGAUGGUCAGCCUGACCUUCUAGAUGCCCAAGGCCUACAGCUGCUGGUGGACACACUGGCCCAGAGUGCUAAUGAAGCCAACCUGACCUGCUCUGGGAUCCGCUGCGUGCGACAUGCCUCUCUAAAGCAUGAGCAGAAUCGGCAGGGCCUGGUGAAGGCUGGUGUGCUACCCCUGCUGACCAGUGCCAUUGCCCAGCAUGGCCAGCAUGCUGAUGUGGUGAGGGAGGCAUGCUGGGCCCUCCGCAUCAUGACCUUUGAUGAUGACAUUCGUGUGCCCUACAGCAACGCCCACAACCAUGCCAAGAUGAUCGUGCAGGAAAACAGAGGCUUGAAGGUGCUCAUUGAGGCUGCCAAAGGCUUUUCCGACAACCCCAGUGUCCUGAGUGAGUUCUGCAGCACCCUGUCUCGCCUGGCUGUCCGCAAUGAGUUCUGUCAGGAAAUAGUUGACCUUGGGGGCCUUGGCAUCCUGGUGACCCUUCUAGCCAACUGUAAUAACCACCAGGACCUUGUCAAGCAAGUGCUGAGCGCCCUGCGGGCCAUCGCGGGCAACGAUGAUGUGAAGGAUGCCAUUGUCCGCGCCGGUGGGACAGAGUCCAUCGUGGCCGCCAUGACCCAGCACCUGGCCAACCCCCAGGUAUGUGAGCAGAGCUGUGCUGCCCUGUGUGUCCUGGCCCUGCGAAAGCCAGAGAACAGCCAGGUCAUCAUGGAGGCGGGCGGGGCCCUGGCCGCAUUGCAGGCCAUGAAGGCACACCCACAGGAGGCUGGCGUGCAGAAACAGGCCUGCAUGCUGAUCCGCAACCUGGUAUCCCGAAGCCAAGCCUUCUCCAAGCCCAUCCUGGACUUGGGGGCUGAGGCACUCAUUUCACAGGCCCGAGCGGCCCACCGAGAUUGUGAGGAUGUGGCCAAGGCCGCCCUGCGGGACCUGGGCUGCCGAGUUGAGCUGCAAGAAUUGUGGACAGGCCAGAAGGGUAACCUGGCACCAUGAACCCAGGCUCAGUCUAGGCUGUGACCUUGGGUGAGUCGAAUGACAUAGAAAUGAGGGGAGAUCUGUGUCCCACCACUCUGCCCCCCAUAUUCUAUUCCCCUAUAGCAAACACUGUCCUCUCUCGGGUGCCAGGUAAAGGCUGCAGGGCUGAGGAAGCAUGGACCAGGCAGAAAGCAGCUCCUGGGAUCUUGUGUCCCCAGGCCAGCUAGCAGCCACAGUCCUGCCCCUCCCCCAUGCCCUUGCCUAUCAGAAGUUCCUUCUCAGCAUUUCUUGGGGGCAAAGGGCACAUUCUACUGCCCACUGUCCUAUCUGAAGUUAGCGCUGUGAACCGGUCUCAGACAGUUCUGGGACUGUUCUCACACCUGCUCUGAUAAGUUCCUUCAGAACUCUUCCUCUUUCUUCUCACCUGUCAAGUGGGUCCUGGACACCUCCCUCUGCUGGCUAGGGGCGGGGAUCAAGGCUCAUCUGUCUUGAGGAUCUGGCCAGCUGUGGUGCCUGAUAAUAAAAGACCAUUGGAGGGGU